UUUGCAAUAAUUUCUCUAACGGACAUCGUAUGCGUCAGUAUACUAAUGCGUUUAUAUUUGUUGACAUAAAAUACUCGUGAUUUAUUAAAAAUAAAAAAAAAAUAAAAAUUACAUGGUGUUCAGAAAUAAUAUGUAAUCUUUUUUAAUGGCAGAUAAAGAAAACUCAAUCGAAAAUAUUAAUUUGACUGCUACAGAAGAAGAAAUACAAAAAUUAAAAGUUCUUCAACAGACAUACAUAGAAUUAGAGAGGUUACUUUGUCUUCUUGAUAUUUUAAAAACUGAUUUAGACAAAAUAGCGGGUAAUUUAUCAAUUUUACAUUGAUCGAUAAUUAUCUUUUUGAAAUUAGUAAUAACAAAACAAAAAUAUAAAAAAUGGAUAAUCGAAAAAGUCUUGGCCAUGUGUUAGCUGACAAUGCGACUGCCAGUCCUCUUCGUCGUCGUUCAGGUUUCGUUGUAAAACAAAGUUCAAUUGAGAUAGAGACUAAUGAUGAUACAGCUGAACGACAAGCGCUACGCUCUGAAUCUAGUGUUCAAGCUUUUCCAUCUUCAACAAAUCGACGUUCUAUACGUCUUGGUGCGGUAUCAAAUAUGUCAGCCCCGCAGAUAACUGAAGGAAUGGCUGAAUGUAUAAAACUAAGUGCACAGAAUAAAAUUAAUAUUAAAAAUGCUUUCAGCUUAAAUAUGAUCGACUAUAUGACAUAUAUGGUUAGAAAUAAAAGUGAAGGUAUACCAAACUUACAUAUGGCUGGAACAACUCUUGAUGUUAGUGCUAAAAUUUAUGCAUUGAGAGUAGAUUCUUUACAUCAAGACACUUUAAAAAUGAUUGGUAAUUUGGAUACCAAAGACAGGAAAGAUAAUGAUGAUGAUGAUUCAAAUGCUGAUCGCACAAUGUCAGGCGGUGGUGAAACUAAUGACGAAAAUGGCAAACUGAAGAAAAAGAAAAAAAAGAAGAAAGGAACCCAAAAAAUUCUUACAACGAUUGAAGCACUUCAAGGAAAAGUUGAUGUUGUAGACUACACUCCAAUAAUGUUUGGAGAAGGCGACUGUCAGACCACCAAUAUGUUGUAUCAAGCAUCUUUACCUCAGCAUUGUGAUCUAGGUCUUGGUCUUAAUCCAUACAAUGAUGUAAUUAUUGAUAAUGAUGUUGAUAAACUUGGUGCUGAUAAUGAUGAAUCACGAUUACCAUGGCCUCCAGUAAAAGCAGAUUUUAAUUUAGAUAUCAACAGUAUGUUUUCGCAAUUUGAAAUUCUCCAUUGGUCAAUUGAAGAAGAAGAUCAAGCAGUACAUAUGCCUUCUCAAGAAUCCUUCUCUCAAGAUGAUGAUAAUCUUGUUUUUGAUCCUGAUGCUAGUAUACCACUUGAUGAUGAUACUCAAAAUUUCAACGAUGUUAAUUAUUUCGCAGCUGAUGAAAAUGAUAAUGAAAAUGAAAAUGAAAUCGGAUGUCAUGCUACUAAUCGAGCACCUUGUGUAGUUGCUGACUUACAAAAUAUGAUUGAGAGAAUGCCAGUGAAUAAAAAACUUGAGUAUUCAUACUUCAGUGAUGCUGUAGAUAUUCGCUGGAUCGGGCCUACACACUGGAAGAUCAAUCAACUAACAAAUAAUACGACUAAGAAUAAACUUGAAGCUUGUCAACAAAAUCCAAAAAGAAAGAAAAAAGAUCCAACUAUACAAUGUGAUGAUGGGUUUAUUGAAAUAGCUAACAAAGAAUGUACUCAAGUUAAAAAAAAUUUAGCCAAUUUAAAAAGUUCAACAUUGAGUCGUUGUUGGUCUAUAAAAAAAUUACUUAAUCCAAAAGAAAUUCAUGACGAAGACAAUAAAUCAUUGUGUAAAUAUUAUUUACGAUCUAAUCAAACUAUAUUUUUAAAAGAAAAAUCAAAUAAUGAUAUGUUGGUUUUGUCUGAUGAUAAUGAGGAAUACAAUUAUGAUAAUGGUAAUGAUACCGAAAAUUAUUGUCCAAACGUUCAAAAUGAUGAUGGAGCUGAUACAGUAUUUAAUGAUUGUGCUUUUGAUGAUGAAUCUCGGGCAAUUGGUUUCACAGGCAAUAAUUUGAUUGAAGCUCCAAAAUUAACGCAGAAAAUUUAUAUACCUUUCUCACAAAGAGCCAAGAAAUUAGAUGUUCGUUAUUUAAAAAAAUGUAUUUGGGAAAAAUUAACGAAUAAAGAUGAAAUUGAUAAAGAAAAUGCUCAAAAUAUUGAAUCUUCGACAGCAAUAAAAGGAGAAAAACAAUUUAGUGAAAUUUAUACAAAACUUCCAAAUAUGCUUUCUAAAAAUGACGCUGAAGAAUUGAGUUUUCCUAUAGCGUUUGUAUCUCUACUUCAUCUUGCUAAUGAAAAAAAUUUACAUAUUACUUCUGGAGAAAAUUACAGCGAUAUUAUUAUUCAACAAUAUAUUAAUUAAAAUAACUAUCAUACUCUUUUGUAUAAACAUAAUUUUAUAUAAUUUUAUAUUUCAAUAACUCCCUCAUAACUAAAACAAUUUUUUAAAUAUUGUAAUCUCAUUUAAAUAUGUAGUUAUUUAUAUAAAUAAAUAAUCAUAAUUCUGUAAAGCUAAUAAA